AUGGCGUCCACGAGCCACAGCCAGAGGGCAACAGUCCCGAAAAGUUGCUAUGGAGAGGGCCUUCAGUUGAGAGCCCUGAAUGUCGAAAAGGGCCCAUCGCGGUACCCUUCGUACGUUUUCUGCUAUGGCUGGCUUCUACAAAAACUGAUUGAGACCACAGAGCGGAUGAUGUCUAUCCUCCUCGGACCUCCUACUGGCGCUACUGCACUCUCGCAACGGCGAAAUCUCCUAUUCGUUGCUUGCAGCCACCAAAUCUACGUGUGGGAGCCCGCAGGUGCGUCGCAGACGCUUGGCAAUAAGCCGGAGAUGAUUAUCGCACCCGUCAUGAAAGAACCUCAGGCUGGAGGUUACAUCCGGCCAACGUCGCCGCAUGAGAUCAAUAGCCUCCUUGUGGAUGAUCUGGGCCGCGAAGAAGUCUUGCUAUUGGUCACUGACUCUGGCAAUGUCUGUGGCUAUCGAGUUGAAGCCAUUUACUCGGCUUUGAAACGAGCGGCAGACAAUGGAAAGACUAGACCUUUAGAUGGCGCUGAAAUCGACCCAUUCUUUAUUGAGUAUGUUGGCGCCAGCGCUUGGGGCCUAGCAAUUCACAAAUUCGCCCGCUUGAUCGCGGUCUCGGCCAAUACUGGCGAUGUGACUGUCUUUGCCUUUGCGCUUGUCAGUCCGGAGUCGGACAAGGUCGACGAUUCAUUCCGUCAGCUAGAGGAGGUUGACAACACAAACGAGUACAGCCAAACCUGGUUGCAUAUACGGACCGCACAACAGUUUAGGAAACUGCAACAGUUGAUGCCGAAAAAGCAUCGUACUCGGAAUAUCAAACUAACAUACAGUGGCCAUUUCACCAAUAUACCGUCCGUUGGAUUUCUGAACACUGAUUUUGAUCCGAAUGGAAUGUGGAUGGUCAGUACAGAUAUCUUUAAUAGAACGAUAGUCUGGAAGAUCUGGGAGACUCUGGGUCCGUUUAACGACUAUCACCUCAAUAAUGUGGCUCCGUGGAGCAUCCCAGAGGAUGCGUAUCUGGACGACGGUGAUCGUGGAUGGUCCGUCAUCGCCCUUGACCCGCGCUCAUUUCAUUUAGUGAAGACCGAGGAAGAGGCUUGUGGUGGUCGUCCCCGACGGCGUAUAAAGAACAAGCAUGAGAUCCUCGACUUGACCAAUCUCACCAAGAACCUCCCUGACUCAUCACGUCUCUACAACCAUUUCCCACCUGCCGUUAAGGCCAAGCCAGACGAAACAGUGUUGCCCGACUUCUUCGGAGCAGACUGUCUUAUUAGUGGCAAUAACGUCCAGGGAAAUAAUGAGACAGAGAAACUACAGCCUUCUGUGACUGACGACUUACGCCAGUUCGAUUCCGCAGAAUCAACCGGCCCCCAAGCUGUGGAUGGUUCUUUCAAUGCUGAUGAAAUGAGCGAAGGCAGCGCUUCUGGCUCGGCCUCCGAUACAGAGCCCCAGCAACCUACAGGCAAUCGUGCACUCCUAAGAGCCCUAGCAAACCACCCUAAUCACGUACUUUCCCCAGAAAGCGUAUUAGAAAUUGCUCUCCGUGAAACCGCAGGUAUCGAUAUCAACGAAGUCCAAGCCCUCCUUUCCGAUGACGAUGACGACAAUUCUCAGCUAGAAAUGGAGGUCGACUCUUCUGACAACGGCGGAGACGCGUACGAGGAAGAUACUGCUCCUCAAGAGGACGAUUUCUACCGUCAGUUCUCCAAGCCUCCCCCGAAUGCCGACUUCCCAAUCCUCCACUUCUCCCACACAAACAUUACCCUAAUCUCAGACCCUUUCUCCCUCCACCCAAGUGUCGUCCACGGCGCCCCGCUUCUGCAACGCUUUCUCCAUCCCAUUGGGCCCAUCCGCGGCUUCGACCGUCUCAACAUGAUCAAAUAUAUCCCUGAACAUGGCAUCGUCGUCGCCGCCUCCCAGAAGGGUCGUGCGGCCAUUAUUGCGCUUACUGAGUCGGCCGCAACGGGACGCACCUUCCGCGUAGAUUGGAUUGUCCCACUCGAGAGCCAGGAGAAGUACGGUGAGCGCCCACUUCUCCCGCUACUAGGUGUGGCCGUGGCUCCCAUGCAGGGUUUCGAGAUUCCGCAUGAUGUUCCGUUUAUUCCGCGGGGUGCAGACGCAAACGGGGUGGAUGAUGAAAACGAAGGCGAUACUGAUACCGAGACGAGCGUGGACGACUUGUUAUUCCAAUACAAGUCCACCACUGGUUCGACAUCAGCAAUAGAAGGUAUCCAAGAUCACCCCACCCUUCCCGAAUCACACGCCCGCGCAACCCGGGCCUACCAGCCCGAAGAGAGAUGGCGAGGAUGGAACCCGUCCCGUCGAUAUCGACUUCUGCUUGUAUACGCAGAUCACUCGGUCUUGAGCUAUGAGUUCUGGUAUACAUGGAAUGCUUCAAGGGAAAGGGCUGGAGCUGUUGAUAGAAGUGAUGAUGGGGAUGGAGAUGGUGCUGGGAAUGUUGGUGAGAGCGAGGAUGACUAUCUCAUUCUGUGA